UGUCAGCAAGCUAGUGAAGUAGGUGAUUACAAGAAAUGUUUCAUUCUAUAACGGCUAUGAACAACUUCGGAGAUAUUGAAACCAAAUCUGUCUCGGACUUGGAGGACGAAUCAUUCCGAACUAUAUCCGAUAUCAAAAUGCUCACUUGGGAUGCUAUUUCCGGAGGAGAUUUGAUGAUGAUGGUAAUGUUCCAGCGCAGCGCGGUUAGUGCUGAAAUUGAUGCUUAUCUCGAUUUUCUCAAAAUGAACAAUUCGAGAAUGCACAAUGUAUUGCUAACUGAAGACAUUCAAGAUCCUGCAGAGAAACAAAUUGAUGACGAACUCAAGGAAGAGGAGGAAUAUCUCACUAAAGCUUGCAACACCUUCCAGGAAUAUUUAGGUGAAUCGUCGUCAUGUGGCUGGAACGAGAUAAAUAGGGUACGUGAUAUGACCGCUGAAAUGACACAACAGUAUAUCAACAUUGCUCGUGAAAAAGAGCGAUUUCUAGUCAUGGCUAACCAGCAGAGUGACAUCUCCAGCAUUCAAAGCGAACAUGUUGGGAUAAUUCUUUAUGGAUUAAGCAAACAGCUUGACGAUACAAAUAAUAUUCACAAUAAAUUGAAAGCAGAUUCUGAUUUAUUAAUUCGCGAAAUGGAUUCGUUGAAUGCAAUCUUGGCUAAGCGGAAACAAACUCCAAAGCCAAAGAAUUUAGAUCUGCUUUAUCCACCAAAAAACACGACGACGAAAUAAUCUGCUCGGCAGAAUAUCUAUAGGAGUCGUUCCAUUUUUAUUGUUAUGAUUCGAAUUUGUUAAACUGACUCCUUUGUUAAUGCAUAUGUAACACUCCACUGAACUUGACACUUUGAAAAUCGAUUUUCAAUAUCCUUCUUCUAAUUAAUACUAUAAAUUCGAAGUAAUAUCAUACAUUUGUUUUCAUUGUAUGCGUAGAAACAAA